AUGCGUCUGUCAUUCCUCCUCUCUCUGCUCCCGCUCGUCGCCGCCUCCCCGGCCGGCAAGCGCGCUGAGCCCGCUCCCAUCCUGGCCGCCCGUGGCGAGGCCAACCAGCGCGUCGAGGACAAGUACAUUGUCAAGUUCAAGGAGGGCAGCCCGCUCGCCCUCCUCGAGGAGGCUUUCAAGAUGCUCGACCAGAAGCCCUCCACCGUCUACUCGGAUGGUCCCUUUACCGGUUUCGCCGGCAAGAUGAGCGGCCUCGCCCUCGAGGCGAUCCGCCACCACCCGGAUGUCGAGUACAUUGAGCAGGCAGCGGUCAUGUCUACUCAGGGCUACGUCACCCAGAGCAAUGCCCCGUACGGCCCUGCCCGCAUCUCCCACCGCCAGCGCGGCAGCAGCGAGUACGUCUACGACGAGAGCGCCGGCGAGGGCACCUGCACCUACAUCAUCGACACCGGUCUUGAUACCAGACACCCGGAGUUUGAAGGCCGCGCCACCUACCUCGGCCGCUACGGCCCCGGCCCCGACUACGACGACUGCGGCCACGGCACGCACGUCGCCGGCAUCAUCGGCAGCCGUACCUACGGCGUGGCCAAGAAGACCAAGAUGUACUCCCUCAAGGUCCUCAGCUACGUGCCCGAAAAGAACGGCUGCUACGGCGACAACUCGUACAUCAUCCAGGCCGUCAACGCCGUCGCCCGCGACGCCGCCAACCGCAGCUGCCCCAAGGGCGUCUUUGUCAACAUGUCCCUCGGCGGCGGCUUCUCCCAGGCCGUCAACGACGCCGUCGACGCCCUCGCCGGCCGCGGCGUCUUUGUCGGCGUCGCCUCGGGCAACGAGAACCAAAACGCCGCCAACGUGUCCCCGGCCUCGGCCAGCGGCGGCUGCUGCGUCGGCGCCACCGACAUCAACGACUACCGCUACGUAGAUUCCAACUACGGCGGCAAUGUCGACGUCGCGGCCCCCGGUGUCGACGUCAUCUCGACGUGGCCCAACGGUCGCACUCAAUCACUUACUGGCACGUCCAUGGCCACCCCUCACGUCGUCGGCCUCGCCGCCUACCUCGCCGCCAAGGACGGCACCUCCGGCCCUGGCCUCUGCAAGACCAUCCAGCAGACGGCCACUGCCAACGCCAUCCGCGACCAGAUCCAAGGCACCAAGAACUUGAUUGCCUUCAACGGCAACCCCCGUGGUUAA